AUGGCCGCCAUUAAUCAAGCUUCAAGCUUUUUAUGUUCUUCUUCUUCAUCAUCUUCUUCUUCUUCUUCCCAUAGAGAAGUAGCAAGAGCUUCUCUUCAGUUCCCAAAGAUUCAAACAAACGGUCUAACCACCCUCAUCCCAAAGAUCCAAUCAAACAUGGGUUUGGUUGAAGAAAUGGAUCAGUUUUCAAGAAUCACAGUACCCAAAAACCCUAGCAAAAACCCUGAAGUGAUGGAGAAGCUUUAUGUGGUAUUGGAGGCUGUUUCUGAUAGAGUGGAGAUGCAUAAGAACAUUGGAGAGCAAAGGAAUAACUGGAACAGCCUGUUGUUGACAUCUAUCAACACCAUUACUCUUUCUGCUGCAACCAUGGCUGCCAUUUCUGCUGCCAUAACCACUGUGCCUGGUGCACCUUUGGAAGCACUUAAUCUUUCAUCUACGUUUAUGUAUCUGGCAGCCACUGGUAUGCUGGUUAUCAUGAACAAGAUCCAACCUUCCCAACUCGCUGAAGAACAACGAAACGCUGCAAGAUUGUUCAAGCAACUCGAAAGCGAAAUCAAGACGAAAGUUGCCAUAGGCAAUCCUACUCUCAGUGAUGUGAAUGAAGCUAUGAAGAAAGUUUUGGCUAUUGAUAGAGCCUACCCUCUUCCUUUGCUCGGUGUCAUGCUCGAAAAGUUUCCGGCUAAGGUGGAGCCAGCGGUUUGGUGGCCCGAAAAACGGAGGACAUCAGCGAACGAAGGGCAACACGACAGAAACGGUUGGAGUUUGGAGUUGGAAGAAGAGAUGAGAGAGAUCAUUAGGGUUUUAGAGGUAAAAGAUAAAGCCGAUUACUUGAGGUUAGGUGAAAAGGCGUUGAAGCUCAACAAAGGGUUAGCCAUGGCUGGUCCUGUACUAACCGGUUUAGGAGCCAUUGGUUCAGCCUUUCUUGGAUCCUCUCCUUGGGCCAUGGUUCUUGGAACCAUGGCAGGUGCAAUGGCAAGUGUUGUGAAUACUGUGCAACAUGGUGGGCAAGUAGGGAUGGUGUUUGAAAUGUAUAGAAGCAAUGCAGGUUUCUUUAAGUUGAUGAUGGAAUCCAUAGAAUCAAACCUAAAUGAAAGAGAUGUGGAGAGCAGAGAGAAUGGUGAAGUUUUUGAGAUGAAGGUGGCAUUGCAGCUUGGAAGAAGCUUAUCUGAGCUUAGAGAAGUUGCAGCUUCAUCUUCUUCAAGAGAUGGAAGAGCCAUUGAAGAGUUUGGAAGCAAGCUUUUCUAAGUAAUUAAUAAAUUGUUUAUGAUAAUUAAUAGUUUAGACCAUAGUGAUCAGUGAUCUCUAGAUUAACUUUUUCAUUAUGUAUAUAAAAGU